AAGUCCUCCCUCUGAGUGGCCAGGGGGCCUCGUCCCUUCUCCCGAUGCCUUCUGCCCUUCCCUGGGUCUCCGGAACCCAGCUUGUCCUAACCGCUUUCGCUGCGGGCAGCGCUGGCCACGCGGCCCCCGCCGCCGGCGGUUCUCCGUGGCCAAGCAUCCUUGGCCUUGGAGCCCAGGGGCUGCGUUCCCCUUGGGGCCGGGGCGGGAGAGAGGACCUCGGUGGUACUCGCCCGUGCGCUGGGCGCAGCCGCUUGGCCCUCAGCCCUCUGGCGCGGCGCCCACCCGCUGGGUCCCGCCCCGGCAGCGACGCAGGGAUAACCCGCGGCCGCGCCUGCCCGCUCGCACCCCGCGGCCGCGCCUGCCCUUUCGCACCCCUCUCCCGCGCCCGGUUCUCCCUCGCAGCGGCUCGAAGUGCGCCCCUCGCCCUCCUGCUCGCGCCCCGCCGCCAUGGCCGCCUCCCCCGCGCGGCCUGCUAUCCUGGCCCUGACCGGGCUGGCGCUGCUCCUGCUCCUGUGCUGGGGCCCAGGUGGCAUAAGUGGAAAUAAACUCAAGCUGAUGCUUCAAAAACGAGAAGCACCUGUUCCAACUAAGACUAAAGUGGCCGUUGAUGAGAAUAAAGCCAAAGAAUUCCUUGGCAGCCUGAAGCGCCAGAAGCGGCAGCUGUGGGACCGGACUCGGCCCGAGGUGCAGCAGUGGUACCAGCAGUUUCUCUACAUGGGCUUUGACGAAGCGAAAUUUGAAGAUGACAUCACCUAUUGGCUUAACAGAGAUCGAAAUGGACAUGAAUACUAUGGCGAUUACUACCAACGUCACUAUGACGAAGACUCUGCAAUUGGUCCCCGGAGCCCCUAUGGCUUUAGGCAUGGAGCCAGCGUCAACUACGAUGACUACUAACCAUGACUUGCCACACGCUGUACAAGAAGCAAAUAGCGAUUCUCUUCAUGUAUCUCCUAAUGCCUUACACUACUUGGUUUCUGAUUUGUUCUAUUUCAGCAGAUCUUUUCUACCUACUUUGUGUGAUCAAAAAAGAAGAGUUAAAACAACACAUGUAAAUGCCUUUUGAUAUGUCAUGGGAAUGCCUCUCAUUUAAAAAAUAGAAAUAAAGCAUUUUGUUAAAAAGAAAAGUCUCAGAAUUCAUUUGGGUGCAAAUUAAGCUGGUGACAUUUCUCGUUCCCUUGAUGUUUUGAAGUUGCAUCUGAGAGGCACCUCUCUGUUAUCACC